AAACUAAGUUGGCAUUUGCUACAAGUCAAAGGCAUUUUUUAGCACUUAUCAAAAUGUCGUCCUCUUCUUCAGAAGCAAUUCAACUUCAGACCAACGAUGGUGUCAUUCAUACAGUGGACAUGCGCUUUGCUCUACAGAUAUGCCCCGUGCGCAAUAUGAUAAUGCAGGAGAGACAGAAAAAUUUGCACACCGAUGAUGUUAUCCCUCUACCGAGAGUCGAUGCCAAAAACCUUCGAUUUAUAAUCAAGUGGUGGACAUCUGUGCAGAAUCUAGAUGAAAAUCUUCUCACUAUGGGCAAAAGAAAACUUAAGCAGUUGCUAACGGCGGAACAUGCCAACCAUCAGUUUCUGCUGCAAAUCAUCCUUGCCGCCGACUAUCUGCAAAUGGAGAAAUUUUUGCUGAUCAGCACACAUCUCAUGGCGGAUGCUUUAAAUGAAUGUGAAAGUGUCGAAGAGAUACGUAGAAAGUUUUUUUGGAAUAAAGUGUAAAAUCAUCGAUGACUAAAAAACACAUUUAGCAAAAUUAUGAAAAUCGUACUCAGAAAUGUGUGAAUGGUGUACAAAUUAUAAUGUAAUUUAGCUUGUAAGUAUCUUACAAGAUUAAUUAUAAUUAAUUGUAUCUGAUGUAAAUGAUCGUGU